UUGAAAUCCCCCUGAUUGGGUUAACUCAAUUUCGACCCUAUAUAAAUCCCAAUUUCCAAAAGUCAAACUAAACCACUGUCCUUAUGACCUUGUGUCCCAUAUCCAUCAAGAACCCUAAUUUUAUCUCCAAUCUUUACAAAAUUACCAAAAAUUAACAUGGGUUCCGACCACAACAAGAGUAGCUGCUAUAGUGAUUUACUGAUUCCACCAUUUCUGGUACUCUUUGCGCUGCAAUUCGUACCUUAUGUCGGAGCUCAAGCUUCAGCUCCCCCAGAUGGGAUGCCGUAUGCUGAUUUCAACCCUUCGAUUAUCACCAUAAUCGUAAUCCUUGUUGCAGCUCUCUUCUUAAUGGGGUGUUUCUCGAUUUACAUCCGGCGGCGCUCAAACGAAGGCGGUGGUAUUAUCCGUAGAGUCUCCAUACGCCGUGCUGCGGUGCCAUCACGCGGUCUCGAUUCCACGGUGAUCGAGACGUUUCCGACCUUCGUUUACUCCUCCGUGAAGGGGCUUAAGAUUGGGAAGGGAGCACUUGAGUGCGCCGUGUGUCUCAAUGAAUACGAAGAUGAAGAAACUCUCCGGUUGAUUCCGAAGUGCGAUCAUGUUUUCCAUCCCGAGUGUAUUGACGCUUGGUUCGAGAAUCACGUCACUUGCCCUGUCUGCCGUGCGAAUCUCGUUCCUGAUUCCGGCGAGUCCGGUAACGUUCCCGCAGAGGUGGAGUUAGCUGUUUCAGGCGAUGAACAUCACCGGACCACCGCAGCUGGGGAAGAAAAUGACGGCGUUUCUGGUUCUGGUUCCGUUUCCAUUUCCAUUGCUGAAGAUCCUGUAGUCAACAUACAAGAGCCGGCGACGCAUACUGAGUCGCUGAACCGGAACCAGAGUGGAAAGCAGAAUCGGCCACAGAUAUUCCCGAGGUUGUUCGACAAGUUUAGAUCUCAUUCGACCGGACACUCGCUGGUUCAACCGGGGGAGAAUCUAGACCGGUUUACGUUGCGGUUGCCGGAAGACGUGAGGAAGCAAGUCGUGAAUCGAGCUCUGCUAAACCGGAUGGGAAGCACUGUGAGGAUGACCGGAGAAGGGAGUGAAAAGAAAGGGUUCAGGACGGCCGGAGUAGGUAGCGGCCGGAGAAAAUCUUACAGACGGCUGGAGAGUUUAGACCGGGUGGUGGUGAGGUCAGAACGGUGGGUUUUGUCGAGGGCACCAUCUUUUUUGACUCGAGCAUUCUCCAUUAGGUCUCCGAGGGUUGUCUCCGGCGACGGCGAGGCAUCAACGUCGGCGACGACGCCGAAAGGCUCCAAAUCGGGCGAUAAAAUUCCACUAAAUAACUUUGGACCCAAAAGUUGUUGACUCAGUCUCUGGUUUGUGUGAAUUUCACGAGUGAAAUGACUUUUUUUUUUUUUUUACGUAAUAUAAUUUGAUUUUGCUGUUAAUUAAUUGUAAAACAUAGAAUAAAUCAUUUUGGACAAAUUAUAAAAACCAUAAAUGACAAAAAUCAUCACUAUUAUUUAUAA